AUGGCAUGCGGCGGGACAUUUCACGAUACAUCCAGCGGUAAUGGCGGCUCAAAAUCUAACAAAUGGAUUUAUAAUCUGCCUGAAGAAUUGGGGGAAGAUUUCCCAAAGUUUGCAUUGGAAAUAGGAUUCAAAGAUACGCAAAUACCACACCAUGAAGAUGCCGACCACAACCGUCAACAGUAUAAUAUAUUAAUGGGGAAAUGGCUCAAUACCAUAGGCCGCCACACGCUCAACCAUCAAUAUGUCGUCUUUACAGCUUUGAAGAAAGUUGAACGACAAGACCUGAUGGAUAGACACUUCGAGAAUGAAGACCCCGAAAAAUAUUCUGACGAUAUUUGGGAAGAUUUUCUGGAGGAGUUGCAAGACCUCGACCUUAUAAAUGAAAACCUCCAAUAUGAAGACAAAACGGAAACAAAAGCAGCAAAAAAGAAGAAAAGAAGUACAAAGGGAAAAGAAGAUCACGACACUAUAGAGCAGAACAUUUAUAUUCAAGGAGGAAACGUGAUUAUUGGAGACAACGCUACUAUGUCCAUACAGGCUGAACAAUCGUCAUCUGCAGAUGACGAGAAUAUCAGACAAAAACUUCACGAUAUUAUGAAAGAGCACGGGGCAGUUGGAGGACACGCCACAAGGAAUACAAUGAACCUACAAACCCUUGAAUCAUGUUUUCACAAGAGAUAUCGUAAGAGUUUUAAAAGCGAAUAUGGAAUUCAAAUGUUAGGGUUCUUUGAAAAGGCCACCGAUUACUUUGUUGUAACAACUAUUGGCAAUCAACGUUUUGUAAACAUGCGCACACCACAAAUUACUUCCCAAACUCAGGAAACUAAAGAAAGUUCGAAAUCAACAGUGCAUAGUAAGUCUGUUACUAGUAAAGUAAAAUCUGUUCAACCUGAAACGAAAUCAUGUACAACAGAUACAUCACCAUUGGCUCGCCCUGUGUAUGAUCAUAAAAGGGAUAAAGGGUACAUCCCAAACAAAUGUUCACAGUUCGAAGACUUCUUAAAAUAUGUAGAUUAUUUUCGUGGAGGGAGUAAUUUGCUUUUGAUUUCCAAAACAGAUUUGAACAAACACGUGGAUGCCCUUGCGAAUAUCCAAUGGCUUUAUGUCUUUGAUUUCGACAUAAAUAGCCGCGAAGACGGAUUGUUUCUCAGACUCGAAGAUGUCUUAGUGAAAAAUACCGGUUUGCCUGUAUACUCUUGUACUUGGAGCGAUCCCCCGAAUAAAGAAAUGUCUUGCACUCAGUGGUGUUUUAUUUCAGGGUUGAAAAACCAACCAGAAAGUAACACACCAGAUAAAUUCAAAACGUGGUAUCCGCAUAUAAAAUCUAAAUUUGAGGAACAUGUUAAACAUAUCAACUACAUGCUUGAUACUUUAAAUAUCUUGACUGUAGUUGCGUUUUGGCCAGAGGAUAACGCUACUGGAAUGAAGUUUCAAAAGAUCAUUUCUGUAUUAAAUGAAUCCAUUUCGCCUGCUCCCCAGGUUGUACUAGUUGGUAAUCCAACAGCAGAACAAACAACACUAAUUGACAUGAUUUCGCCGGAUUAUUCCUUAGAAGAAAAACUGGAGCAUGUUCUGCACGAUCUGUCCACAAAUCUGGCCAUACAACCGCAACCGAAGGAAUUUAAAUACAAAUUGCCGACCGAUGACGGUAGCAAUAACACCCAAAUAAACGAUACAUUAGCAGCAUCGCUGCGAGAAUGUAUGGACGUUCUGUAUCUUGACAACCCAUAUCCAAACAGCGGCUCUGAUCUUUCUGCUUCAGAGGAGGAAGAAAGACUAUUCUUUAAGGGUGGUACUUUGAGCUGGCAAUCUUACUAUAUGAACACUCCAAAGCAUUUUUAUGUAUCGCGACAUCUUCUUUCAGCAAUUUUGAAAGAUAUCAGAGGAAAUUUUGUCGACGAAUUGAAAUCGGGAGUUGUCAAGGUAUUCCAUGCCCCUGGGGCAGGGGGUACAACCCUUGGUCAGGGUAUUCUAUGGGAAUUACAUACAAUCACCCCGUGUGUUCAGAUAAGACCAGACUCAGUUGCCAAGCCCCAUGAAAUUGCAGAGAACAUAACUGCCCUCUACAAAAAGACCCAUAGUCCCAUUGUCGUAUUAUUCGACGAAGGAGAUGAGGACAACUUUGAUCAGAUACAACAACAACUGAAUGAUGUGCCAGUCAUCUUAAUUAAUCUAAAGCGUACUUCGGACAUCAAGCAAGAUCUUAAGGAAAACGAGUAUUUUCUUAAAGGACAUUUGUCCUCUGAUGAAGCCUGGCGUAUGGGACCCACAUUUAUCCGAUGUUGUCAUGAUGAUGUGAGGAAGAAAGAUCAGAUACAAAAGCUUGUUGAUGAAGUUAUCAAAGGGGUGAAUCAUCACCUUAUAGAAUUCGGACUGGUCAUUCACCUGCAGGAAUUCAAAGGACUGCCAACUUAUGUAGCGGAGUACUUGAAAAUUGACAAACGUAACAGAAAGAUUAGCCAAUCGCAAAAAGUUCUUGGAUAUCUCUCAUUGGUUCAGUUUUUCGGUCAGGGAAUCAUGCCAUGUCAAAUGUUUGAAACUAUGCUUGAAAAAUCAAAAGAUUUCAAGUUCACAUAUGACAAAUUUCCGACUAGCAUCAGUGAAUUUACAGUGCCCGUAGGACCGGAAUAUCACCAACACAGCAUUAGAAUAUGUCAUUUUCUAAUAGCAAAAGAAAUUCUUAAUCAACUUUUAUCAAGAUCACCUAGCAGUGGAACGGGCAUUGACUUGAGCAAGCCGGCAAAAGACCGUCUCCAACCGUUUGUCCUGGACUUUAUAAAAGAUCUGAAAACUCGGCAAGACGAAGUGGGUUGUAUGUCGAAAAGGGUACUGGAUAUAAUAAUACAAACGUUCAUUUAUCGUGAAGGUGGCUCAAAUGAUAAUCAGCAAAGAAAAAGAAGGUUUUCACGGCUGAUAGAAAGCAUUCCUUGCGAACAACCAUUUACUGAACGUCUUGAAGUUUUACAAAAACUCGCAGAGUCGUUUCCUGGUGUUCCAAGUUUAUGGGCACAUCUUGGAAGGGCAUAUUCAUUGCUUCGCCCAACACAACACGAAAAAACUGAAUAUUUUUUUCAGAAGGCGAUUAAUGGUUGUGAAGAAGGUGAAAGUAGAACUGAUUCUGAUAAUGAUGACCCUGAUGUUGUGCUGAGCUACGUGUUACACAUGUACGGAAUGUUCUAUAUGCAACGGGUUCAGACAGAAAUAUCAAAAUGUCGUCUACGAAAGCUUGCAGAAAUGGAAUUCCAGGAGGAAGCUAAGAAUAUACUUAAAUUAGCAAAUUCUGCUUGUGAAUCAUUUUCAAAUUGUCGGCGGUUUGGUGUUGCAGGUAGUCGAGAAUCAUAUGGGUGUAGUGGCGAGAUCAAUGUACGUUUGUGCGUAUGCGAGUUCCUUAAAAAACAUUACCAAUUUUGCACGAUUGAUGACCUCAGGGAAAAGUCGAGAAACAGUUCGUUGUUUUCAUUUGUUCAGGAAAGCGUAUCAAAUAUCCAGCAUCUCUUCAUAAAGUGUUUUAACGUCGUUGAUCAGGCCAACAUUGACGACGAAUUCUACCGAAGGUUGACAUGGUACCAAACCCUCUUUAAAGGAAUGGUUCCACCCACAUACAUCGAUACAGUCAAUAUCCCUGAUUCAUUCGAAAGCAGAUGUGCGAAAAUCGCCGGCAUUAAACUAAAGUAUGGGGCAAAAGAUCACAUUGGAACAGUCAAUGACAUAAAAGACGAGAGAGAUAUAAAACUGAUUGUUUCACUGAUAGAACAAAAUAUCGAGGAUGUAAAGCGAGACAGAAAAACAUAUUCCAAUAUGGAUGUUGACUUCAUAUUCAUUGAUUGGAUCUAUGCUAUUCGACAUCCACAGCAAAAGAAAUAUUAUCCAUUGGAAGACGUCCUGAUUACAAUACGUCUCUGGAACAAGUGUGUGAACAGUCCAUACUCCAAAUUCUACCUCUUUGUUGUAUUGUUUACCUUAGCGAUCAGUCUAGGGUAUUCAUGUGAAGAAAGAAUUCUGAAAGAAGCGAUGGAGUUUAAACAUGACCAUAUUGACAGAAAACAAAUAGGUAAAGUUGUAUCCGAUCCAUCGAAACCAAGAGAAUGGCUAGGAAAGGAAAAAGGAGUUAGGUGUCUCCAACGAGGAGACACUUUCAAAAGUAAAAGAAGUGGAAAAGUGAUAUCAGACGAGGCAGCAAGCUUCACGCUUACUAUAUUCAAAGGAACAAUCAAGCCAGAAAAUAAAUACAGAGAAAAGGGCUACAUCAAUAUGACUAUCCAGGGUAAUCUACAUGUCCCGGUUAAAGUCACUUACUGCCCAUUUAAGACGGCAGAAAAACUCGUGGGAAUGAAAUAUGCAGGAUCUAGCGUGGAAUUUAUCCUCGCGUUUACAGCUCGAACUGGGCUGGAGGCAUACAACGUGAAACUAGUGAAGAAAUCUACUUGUCCGAAUUGUGGAGAGAAAGUAGAGAUGUUGAGUGUAGAAAGUCACAGGAUGUGCAAGUGCAAAGCAAAAAUUGAAAACCAGUACUCUAUCAAGAAAGCAGAAAAUGGUGAAGGCAACAGCUAUGAUGAGUAAUUAAUGCAAUGCACUACAUGAUACAUAUAUUGAGGAGGUAUUACAUUUCCUCAAAACUUCACCUGUUCAUUCCAGCUCUUGUAAAGAUAGACGAGCCACAAGCUCACAGGCGUCUUAUUCUGACAACGUUACGACUCCCAAAAAUGAUGACGUCAUGCUGUAACUAUAUCGAAAUUCAAAAGCGUCAUCCGGGUCUUGAGACUUCUAUGCGUCUUCUGUGAUGUUGUGAUGUAUUUGAAUUACUAUUACAGCCUGUAGUGUAUUAGGACAGGAACGAAGGGAAACAAUACUUCUGUUAAGUUUAAAUGUCCCUCCUCGGAUCGAGGUCCAAGUAUUUCUAUAUCCCACGAGAGUGACGGUUUAUUCUAAUCUACCGCUGAUAGUAUAGCAUACAAACUGGUCGAAUGCCAAUGUUAAGCAACUACGUGUAUCGGACAAAGCAAAAUACUGAAUACAUGAUUUAACAAAAACUAAAUAGUAUAGUUGCAGAGUGUAGAUAGACGCAAAAAUGACAAAAAAGGUUAGGGAAUGUGCAAAUGACACUUUGAUGAUUUAGGUUUUCAUAAAACGUCAAUACAUUAACAUGUAUCCAGUGUAACAUACUGUCAUAUAUCAUCACAUUGUGAAAUUCUACAGUUGGUUCAUAAUGACAAAGUUAAUCCCUACAGCUUACAAAGAUACAAUCCCUGGACAAUUGAUUGUGCUUAAAAAGCCAAACACGAUAGUUCUUAGAUGCAACACUGAACUCUUUCUUAACAAACUUUGUCGUGAUUUCGUUUCAUGUUUGCACGUUUUCAUAUGUUAAAUGACUUAUUAUCAGAGUUAGAUAAUGAUCCAAGCAAAACGUAUUCUAGAGUUUCAUGAGUUUGGGAAUAAAUUGUGUAAAUGCAUUUAAUACAUAUCAGAAGUAGCAGUACAUGUAUAUGUUGUAACUGCAUGUCAGUUCACUUAUACACAGCCAAUGUUUCUUCACGUGAAUUUCAUGUGAAUUUCACGUGAAAAAAACAGCAUAUAAAAAUCAA